GUUUACCUUCCCGCUGUAGCGGUUCCUAUUUAUCUACUUGCAUUUUGAUGUGCUUCUGAACUGCUAGGUUGGCAGGAGUCUAGUUCUUCCCAAUUUCAAUAAACGUGUGGGUCAGAUUAUGUGACCUGGUUGUUUCACACAUUGAUGCAUGGAGAGCUUCUUUAAAAGUACGGUAAAUUGGGCAACAAGCUUUCCAAGCUGUAGCUGUCCCCACUUCCCCCAUCCUGAGAGAAGUGCCAUUAUAUUAACAGCUGUUACACACCAUCAUUGGUGUAAUCUUACUCCAAUAAGUUUCCUGUUUUCCCCUUCUUUGAAGCAGCACUGGCAGCACAUGCCACCCCAAAAGCACCUUGCCUGUUUCAGCUUAUGUUGAUUUAUUUCCACCUUUAAUCCAAUUCUGUUUUAGAAAUGCCAUAUUGAAUAUUACUCUAGAUAUUUUAAAUUCACCUUAUUGCUGUAUGUUAUUUAAAAUCCAACAACAACGCUUCAACAAAUAUAAUUUUCACUGUAAAGAGUAACAUGUUGUGACCAUGAAUACUGACAAUUUGCCAUGAUGUAUCAUUUUUAUAUUGUUUCUGCUGUUUGACCUCUGAUCUAAUGUGAUUUAUCCGUGCUGAAUCUGUUUCCUCUCAGACUUAUUUUGCUUUGCUGAUGCAUGGAACGCGUUGCAUUUCUCUGAUGUAUCAAAAUUAGCCUUUUUUGUUAUUUACUGGAUUAGUGAUGGUAUUAAUGAAAGGAGCCUUUGCCUGCACAUUGCUUCACAUUCGUUUCCCAUGUACUAACUGGAUAUUGUGCUUUCAGCGCUAAACAAAUCCAGAUUAUAUCUUUGGAAUCUUUCAUUGUGAAAUCAUGGGGCUUGAUUCAGGUCAUGGUGGGUGCAGUGCUUGCUUGUGGAGCAUAAGGCAUAACAGAGCCAGUUCUCCCUUACAUCCUUUGUGAGCAGACAUUCAGUGCACCUGACGUUUAGGUCUGAUGGCAAGUCUCCAAGCUUUGCAUUUGUUGCGUGAGCAGAGGUGCCUGAUUCCUCACAGUGGCUUGGUGUCCACAUUGUAGGGGAAGAAAGAGAGCUUUGUUAUACAUACCCUGUAGUGAUCCCUCUGCAUGUAGUUACUGCAGUGGACUGAACUGAGUCCUUGGGAAUGUUGAUAGCAGGUACUGCACUAAAAUAGAUGUUGAUAUCCAUGUGAAAGAGAUAGACAGAGGUACAGUCAUACCUCGGUUUAAGUAUGCUUCAGUUUGAGUACUUUCAGUUUAAGUACUCCGCGGACCCGUCUGGAACGGAUUAAUCCACUUUCCAUUACUUUCUAUGGGAAAGUUCACUUCAGGUUAAGUACGCUUCAGGUUAAGUACGGACUUCCAGAACCAAUUACACUCAUACUUCGGGUUAAGUACGCUUCAGUUUAAGUACUCCGCGGACCGUCUGGAACGGAUUAAUCCACUUUCAAUUACUUUCAAUGGGAAAGUUCGCUUCAGGUUAAGUACGCUUCAGGUUGAGUACAGACUUCCGGAACCAAUUGAGUACUUAAACCGAGGUACCACUGUACUUGUAAACAAAUGCAUGUCCAUGCCUAUAUCAAAAGGGUUGUUAUGUAGCUCCAAGUUCCAUUAGUGAUAAACCUCCUUUUUGUGCUUAUGACAGUUAUAAUAUAAGCAGUUUAAAAUGUUAAUAAUGCUUUAAAAAAAGAAAAUCCGGAUUCUAAUAUGAAAUCAGAAUUCCAAUGUGUUAGUGAUUAGGACUGCAGAGCCAGAGUACGGUAUUUACUUGAGAUUAAUUAACACAGGCUGUGAUAUAUGUGUAGCAAAACACUCCAUUUAUGUUGGUAGAGAUCUGUGUGUGUACUAAAUGCAUACAGAGAGACCAGACUCCACUAACUUCUACCUCUGUUCAAUAUAAUACUUAUUUUGAUUUGGCCUGGUUCAUGGUUUCACCUCUCUAGUGAGUACCAUGAUCCAGAAAAAAAAAAAUCAAACCAAUGCAUUGAUUUGGUAGAAUAUCAUUGUUACUUUGCACAUAGAAAGCUGGCUUGAUUACCACAAAUAAACAAAGUAAUAGAGUCAGAGUGCACCUGGUUUUCCUCUUGGUUCUUAUUACAAUCUGACACAAACUCUUCUAGUCUGUUGACAAAACUAGACUUAGCGUCUAUGGUUGUUGCUUACAAAGCAAACAUUCAUGCCCCACCCUGGUUUUAUAUUGAUUUUUAGGCAAGUAGAGUGAUCAAUUUGAUCCAGUCUUCUGUCCAUACCUGGUAGUGUUUGCUCUCUGCUUUGCAUUCCAGCCCUUAAAAUAACAGCCUCUGUCCAACUGUGAGAGCUUGAGGCAGCUGAGAAGUGGGUAGUGGUGUCUGGUCUGAGUUAAAUCCAAGCAGACAGAAAGAAAGAAAAGGAUCUUUGAUAGCUCCAUGAGAGGGCAGUGCUGGCCGAAGCAUUCUCUUCCUGGGCAUCUACAAUAAAUGUGUCUGCAUUGAGCUAGGCUAAAGCAAGCGAGUUAAGAAGGACUUGGAGGAGCUGGCUGGAUGGCUAAAGGAUUCUCACCUUAUUUUGUAGUCUUGGGCUUCUGUGAAUUGUUUGAUAGAAGUAAUGAAAAUGUUUAAUCUGCCAUGAGUCCUGCAGUGCUAUCAGGAUUGGGAUUGGGCUUUGAUUGGCAGGCUUUGGUGCAAAAGGAAAAGUAUGAAACAGAGCAGGACCCUGAAUGGUGGGAAUUUGAGUUGGAGGAGGGGAUAAUCUCUCCUGUUCAACCCAAGUUCAGCCACUUUCAAAGGGGGAGCAGGGAUUCUGGGUCUGCCCCCACAGCUUUCCUGUGGAGUGGAGAUUGGGGAGGAUGUUGCUGGACUGCCUAAGUUUUGGCCAUGCUGUCUGGACCUGAUAUGAACAACACUAGAAGGCUGCUGAUGAACUGGAAGUUCCAUGGCCUAAGGAAUAAUUACAUCUCCCCAACUUACUCUUCCAAGACAUACAGCAAGCUGCAAGGCGGGGUAUAGGUGUAUCCUAUGAUGGAAGUGUUUGCUUGUGAGAGAAGAAAACUGUGCUAUUACAAACAAAUACUCAAGCAUUAUGUGGCAAUCCACCAUAAAUAGCAUUCUGAAGGCCAUUAAUAAUACAGCUGUGUUGUACGCUGUAAGUCUGCUGUGAAGAUAUAGCAGUGUUUUGCUUUUCUUCCAAUGCUAUGAUGUAAUUAAUGGUAUUUGAGGGAAAGCAGGGUAGUGUCUGAGGCCUGUGUUUCAAGAUGCUCUCUGAAGAGAAACAGCAGUGUCUGCAUUUGGUCUUUGGCGGAGUUUUCAGUCCACCAGAAAGGAAAUGGCGAUAAAGAUAAAGCACCCUAGAUGCCAGUUAUGAAAGUACAAAGAAAUUGGAUGCACGCAACUCUCUCUUCCAAAAACGUGAAGAAAAGCUGCUCAGUGUUUUUAUUUACCACAUGAGAAAGAAAUGACUGAUAGCAGAAAACCCUGGGAGAGAAGCAUAUGUAUCCCUGCUUCUGUGGAGUUUCUUAACAUAAAUUAUGACCUUAUACAGAAAAGCUACAAAAACAACACUAUACAUAACCACUUAUAUAAAGCAUGUAACUCUUUGGCAAAUAAAGACAAAUGUUUAGAAACUGGGAUUCCUUCUUCACUGGAAAGAACUGUGUAUGCUGAAAUUCAGUUACAAAUGGAUGGAUCUCAAGUUGAGUUGAAGCCACUAAGAAGCCAGUCCUCAGUAAAUGAAAAUGAAAAUGAAACUGAGAGUGCUGAUUUCAAUUAUGUUAAAGAGAGAAAGAACAUCUCAAAAAGUUUGGGUACCUUGCACAACAGCUUCAUUUGGAACAAAUGCUUACAGCCAGUACAGGCUUAUAAUGAUUGCACCAAUAAUUCUGCAGCUUGCGCUUGUAAAACAAUGGAGCUACCAGCUACCUGUGGGAAUAAAACUGGACAACAGUUGUGUGGUUCCUGUGACACUACAGUGGAUAACUAUUUGUAUUUGGAAAGAACAACCCCAAAACUCAACAUGGCAUGCUCAGGUCACAAUUUUUCUAGCGGUAAUAUUACUGGAAGACUGCUUUCAAAGCCCAGUUUGAGCCAUUAUCAAAACUGCAACGAAGGCCACGGAGAAGAAAUGGAUGAAGAUUUUUCUCGUACUAAGAAAGAGCGCUCCACUUUAUUAGUCAGAAGAUUUUGCAAAAAUGAUAAGGAGGUUAAGAAAUCGGUCUAUACUGGAACAAGAGCUAUUGUUAAAACUUUACCAUCGGGACACAUAGGAGCUGUCGCCGGGAGUUGUCUUGACCGGAAGAGAACCCACGAUGAAUUAAGGCACUCUAGGAUUAUAUCAGAAGAAUUAAUUGCCUUUCAGAUUUCAGUGAGCCAAGCAUUAAGUUCUUGCCUUCUGCAGUCCAUAUGGCAUGGGAUCUUCAGGUCAGUAAAAGGAACAGAAGAUUCUUCGGAAUACUUUUGCAACCCUGUGAGGGAACCACUAACACCUCAACACCAUGCAGAUUGGCGGUGCAGAGGCAACGGCCCUUGCGUAACACCAUGUUUUCAAGGAGCUCCUGAAUACUGUGCUACUUUACGCAGGACUUCCCUUUCCAAUUUCAUCACUGGGGCUCUACUAGAAGCAACCACGUCACUGGGAGCUAGAAGUGGUACUCUAAAUAUUUUAGGAGGAUCAACUGGAAAGACCAUGCUAAAAGAACGAAAAUUGAGUUCCUCUAUGGCUGGAUCAAAUGCCCUUGCUUCCACUGUAGCUGGUGUCAGCAAAGAACUCGUAGAACUUCAGCAUCUCAUUCAGUUUCCAGAGGAGGUUGCUAGUAUUCUGACUGAGCAGGAGCAGGCUCUCUACAGAAAAGUACUGCCCAUUGACUACCUCUGCUUCUUAACCAGAGAUUUGGGGAAUGCUGAAUGCCAGAGCAAACUAUCAACUCUUAAGGCUUCUAUUUCUGCAACUCUUCUUUCUUCCCCAAAUGAGGAACACAAUGCUGUUGAAGAUUUGGUGGCAAGAUUCAACGAGGUGAGUUCUUGGGUGACAUGGCUGAUUCUGACUGCUGGGUCUAUGGAGGAAAAGCGAGAAGUCUUCUCCUAUGUGGUACACGUGGCAAAAUGCUGCUGGAACAUGGGCAACUACAACGCUGUCAUGGAGUUCCUGGCAGGCCUAAGGUCAAGAAAAGUUUUAAAAAUGUGGCAAUUCAUGGACCAGUCUGAUAUUGAAACAAUGAGAAGUUUGAAAGAUGCAAUGGCGCAACACGAAUCAUCAUCUGAAUAUAGAAAAGUUGUCAACAGAGCUCUGAAUAUCCCAGGCUGUAAAGUCGUUCCUUUCUGUGGUGUAUUUUUAAAAGAACUCUGUGAAGUUUUGGAUGGGACUGCAAGCCUCAUCAGACUUUGUCCUCAGUAUAACUCUCAGGAUGAAACACUGGAGUUUGUUGCAGAGUACAAUGGGCAAGAUAACUAUUUACAACGGAUAGGUCCAGACGGCUUACAUAAUACAGAAAAAGAAUCAACGGCUAACUACAUCUUUCAAACCAUUCGGAGUUGUAACCGUAGCUUGGAAUCUGAAGAUGGAGAAGAUAAUUUCAUCGACUAUGAAAAUGGAAAUUCCAGAAAAAAUUCUUUGAAGGACAGAAACCGCUAUCAGUUUCUAACAGGAGAUCUGUCAGAUUCUGAAAGCGACAUAUUUGAGCAAUUCAAAGAAUGGACUACCCAGGCAGCUGAGGAGCAGCAGCAAGCUUUUAGUCAUGGAAUAGAACUUAUCCCCUGGUAUGUGCUGUCAAUCAGAGCAGACAUCCACCAGUUCAUGCUGCAAGGCGCAACAGUCAUACAUUAUGACCAAGAGACACACAUCUCAGCACGGUGCUUCCUUCAGCUUCAGCCUGACAGUAGUACGUUGACGUGGGUGAAACCCACCACUGCUUGCGCUGCAAAUUCUAAAGUGAAGCUGAGCAUGCUGGGUAGCACAGCUGACCUUGGGAAGUUUCAGUUUCUCGGCAAUACUGGAUUAAAUGGACUUGUGGAGGGUUGCUUAGACUUGUUCUCCACAAAGGCUGUGUAUAUGGGGCAUUCUGGCAUCGAUAUGCAUGCUGUGUGUGUUCAGAACAAACUUUGCAACAUGUCCCUUAAAGAAAAUGGUGUGACACUAUUAUACGGUCUUCAAACGACUGAAAAUAAGUUGUUGCACUUCGUUGCUCCAAAAUAUACUGCUAAAAUGCUCUUUGAUGGAUUGCUGGAAUUAAUGAAUGCUAUCAGAAAGAUGAAGAGAUUUCCUGAUCAGAGAUUGCAGUGGCUGCGGAAACAAUAUGUCAGCCUCUACCAGGAGGACGGUCGAUAUGAAGGCCCAACGUUGGCUCAGGCCGUUGAAUUGUUUGGAGGGAGGCGCUGGAGUACAAGAAAUACAAGCCCAGGAAGCCUGACAAAAAACGUAGAGAAGCCAAGUGUGCAGAGAAACAACACACUAGGAAUCAGCACAGCUAAGAAAAAGAAGAAAGUGCUCAUGAGGGGUGAAAGUGGAGAUGGCACUGAUGAUGAAAUGGCAACCCGAAAAGCAAGACCUUUUAAGGAAAAUCGGAGUAGAAGUGGUUCAGACCCUCAGGAUAUUGAUGAGCAGGAAGAAGCAGAACCAACUCUUCUGGUUACUUUUCCUGCUACCAACACUCUGCCUUCCAGAAGAACACAAUCCCUGAUUAGCUCAGUACCACCUAAUGUAACACCCGGGGUCUCGUCACCUGUCAGGCCGAUGUCUUCUCCUGUGAUGUCAUCAUCAAUAAAAGGUCAACCCAGCACGUGGAGCAGCAGCAGCUGGCAUGGAAGAGGAAAAGGGGGGCUGAAGGGCUUCCAAACCUGUAUGGUUUCCGAUAGCAACAUGAGUUUUGUUGAGUUUGUAGAGCUCUUCAAGUCUUUCAGCGUUCGAAGCCGCAAGGAUCUGAAGGAUCUUUUUGACGUAUACGCUGUGCCCUGCAAUCGAUUGGGUUCUGAUUCCGUUCCACUGUAUACCUCUCUGAAGAUUGAUGAGAACACAAAUGGACUUCAGCCAGAUUUAGAUUUACUGACUAGGAACAUAUCUGAUUUGGGCUUGUUCAUUAAGAGCAGACAGCAGCUAUCGGACAACCAGAGACAAAUUUCUGACGCUAUUGCUGCCGCAAGCAUUGUUACUAAUGGCACUGGAGUAGAGAGCACAUCUCUGGGUAUAUUUGGAGUGGGCAUCCAGCAACUCAAUGACUUCUUAGUAAAUUGCCAAGGAGAACACUACACAUAUGAUGAAAUCCUCAGUAUUAUUCAGAAGUUUGAACCCAGCAUCAGCAUGUGCCAGCAGGGACUGAUGUCUUUUGAAGGAUUUGCACGGUUUUUGAUGGACAAAGAUAAUUUUGCGUCCAUGAACAACGAGUCUCAAGAGAAUGCUGAAGAUUUGCUAUUCCCUCUGUCAUAUUAUUACAUUGAGUCUUCACACAAUACGUAUCUCACGGGACACCAGCUUAAAGGAGAAUCCUCAGUAGAACUUUACAGCCAGGUUCUGUUGCAAGGCUGUCGGAGUGUGGAAUUAGACUGCUGGGACGGUGAUGAUGGAAUGCCUGUGAUUUAUCAUGGCCACACACUAACUACGAAGAUUCCUUUUAAGGAAGUUGUCGAAGCUAUCGGCCGCAAUGCUUUCACCACCUCAGACAUGCCCGUUAUCAUAUCGAUUGAGAACCACUGUUCCUUGCCACAGCAGCGAAAGAUGGCUGACAUUUUCAAGAAUACGUUUGAAGAAAAGCUGGUGACUAAAUUUUUGUUUGAAAGCGAUUUUUCCGACGACCCAAUGUUACCUUCUCCCCACCAACUGCGAAGAAAGAUUCUGCUUAAAAACAAAAAGCUCAAAGCUCAUCAGACUCCAGUGGAUAUAUUAAAACAGAAGGCUCAUCAGCUGGCAUACAUGCAGGCUCAGGCAAGCAAUGGUGGUAAUGUGGGGAACCCCUCCACUGCUAACGAAGAAGAAGAAGAUGAGGAAGAUGAAUAUGACUAUGACUAUGAGUCUCUGUCGGAUGUUUUAUAUCCCUGCAGCAUUUCUUCAAGUUUUUGUGUCGAAGAUGAUGCUUCUACACAGUUUGAAUAUAACAUUUUGGAAGACCGACCUGAGAAUAAGUUAACCAUAGAUAAGCUUCAAUUUGAAUAUAGCGAAGAAACUGCAAAGAGAAUAAAGAAAACAGAAAGCGCUAUAUACAACAACAAAGGAAAGGUUUAUGACAUGGAAUUAGGGGAAGAAUUUUAUCUUUCUCAAAAUAAAAAAGAAAGCCGACAAAUAGCACCAGAAUUGUCAGAUCUUGUCAUCUACUGCCAAGCUGUGAAAUUUCCUGGUCUGUCAACUCUAAAUCCAUCUGGCUCUAGUAGAGGAAAGGAAAGAAAGAGCAGGAAGUCCAUUUUUGGCAACAAUCCUGGAAGGCUGAGCCCAGGGGAGACAGCAAUGCUUGCCAAAGCAUCUGGAAAAGGUGCCUUUGAUAGUGCACGGCAGAUCUGGGAAGAGCCCUUUUCACCUGCUCUUAGCCCGACAACUUCUCUCAGUUCUAUAAUAAGGACACCUCGGUGUUACCAUAUCUCCUCUUUGAAUGAAAAUGCUGCCAAGCGCUUGUGCAGGCGAUAUUCUCAGAAGCUGAUACAACAUACCACCUGCCAGCUGCUGAGGACAUACCCGGCUGCUACCCGCAUUGACUCAUCCAAUCCUCAUCCCCUUUUGUUCUGGUUACAUGGGGUACAGCUGGUGGCACUCAACUACCAAACGGAUGAUCUCCCUCUUCACCUAAAUGCAGCAAUGUUUGAAGCAAAUGGUGGCUGUGGGUAUGUUAUGAAACCACCUGUUUUGUGGGAUAAGAACUGUCCAAUGUAUCAACACUUUUGUCCUUUAGAGCGAGAUUUGGACAAUAUGGAGCCAGCUAUUUAUUCAUUGACAAUUGUGUCUGGACAGAAUGUUUGUCCUAGCAACAGCACAGGAAGCCCCUGCAUUGAAGUUGAUGUGCUUGGGAUUCCGCUGGAUAGCUGCCAUUUCCGCACUAAGCCCAUUCAUCGCAAUACUCUCAACCCCAUGUGGAAUGAGCAGUUCCUUUUCCGGAUUCACUUUGAAGAUCUAGUCUUCCUUCGUUUUGCAGUUGUUGAAAACAAUUCUUCAGCUGUGAUGGCUCAAAGAAUCAUUCCGCUGAAGGCUUUAAAAAGAGGAUACAGGCACCUGCAGCUACGGAGCCUGCACAAUGAAGCACUAGAAAUCUCGAGUUUGUUUAUUAACAGUCGAAGAAUGGAAGAGCAUCCUUCUGGAAACAUGGUGCCUGCUUCUUUGCGGUUCAGUACUGCAGAGAGGAGAGAGGCUGCAGUGUACAAAGUCACUAUACACGGAGUUCCAGGACCAGAACCUUUCACGCUUUUUACGAUAAGGCAAGGAACCACAGCAGCUCAGCUUUUGCAUCAAAUUUUGGUGACUACAAAAGGUAUUGGACAGUAUCCCACAGACUAUUUUUUGAUGGAGGAGAAAUGCUUUAUAUCUAAAGAAAGAAAUGAGUACAGGAAGCCACCAUUCCAAAGAGUGCUCAGUCCCGAGGAAGAGAUUGUCCAGCUUUUGAACAGCUGGUUCCCAGAAGAAGGCUACGUCGGCAGAAUUAUCUUUAAAACCCGCGAGGAAAGCUUAAACAACAAAAAUCUUUUUCUGGAGGAGAAAGAUGAUGCAACUGCUAGCUCUGAGGACGACAGCUUUUUUGUUCAAGUUCAUGACGUUUCCCCAGAGCAACCUCGUACAGUCAUCAAAGCAUCUCGCUUCAGUACUGCCCAGGAUGUCAUCCAACAGGCUUUAUGUAAGGCUAAGUAUUCCUACAGUAUUCUGAACCACCCCAACCCAAGUGAUUAUGUUCUCUUGGAGGAAGUGACAAAGGAGGCAGCAAACAAGAAGUCUUCUACACCCAAAACGUCUCGGAGGAUCCUUGCCGACCAAGAAUGUGUGUUUCAGGCUCAAAACAGGUGGAAGGGAGCUGGGAAAUUUAUCCUUAAGCUUAAAGAACAAGUCCAAGCAGGCCGAGAUGAUAAAAGAAAAGGUAUUUCAUUUGCUAAUGAGUUUAAGAAAUUAACUAAAUCAAGUAAGCAAUACAGGGGCUUUAUAACCACAUCUCUGCAAACGUCUUCAGAGGGUCUGCAAAGUAAAGAUGACAAGACUGCAUGCAGUUUGACUUACAGCGACACGAUGGAAUAACCUCCAGAGAUUUGUAUUCAGGAAAUUACAAAGGCCUUAAAUACAAGAGACAAAAGCUGCAGUGAAGUUGAUAGAAAAUGACGAUGGAUUCACUCCCUCAGCUUCUUUGCGCAGUCUUGCUUUGGGGGGAGACAGGGGGUGUAACUGGAAAGUGUCUAAAUAAGAGACAAACCUUCGUACAGUGGAGCAAGUCACUGCUAAGGAACUGGCUGGCCCAGCUGAAUCUCUGCUACCAGUGCAGGUGCAAUCUAGUUGCUACUUCUCCUGGCAAGAGCCAAUUCUGUGAACAGUGAAGGAAGUUAUGUUUUUGAGGCUUUGGAAGAAUACCCUGGAAGCAUUGGAAACUGUUUCCUCCUUUUUGUCUUCAUAUUCACUACCUUUGGACAAGAGGUAAAGUAAGCAACUUAUAUUGUCCAUUGCAAGCAGAAAUCUGCCUUUAAAAAUAAUAAUAAUUAGGCAUCUUAAGGGAAAAUGAAAGUUGAGGAUGUUCUGUAGUGCGUUACAUAACAAUAAUGCACUUUUUAAAAGCUGCUUCUAAACACACUUUUAGGUGCUGGUAGGCAGAUAAAAGUACAUUGUAAUUCAUAGAUUUCAGUAUGGUGAAUAUAAAAGUUAUGAUUUAUCAGUGUACAGCUGUAAGUAUACCUAUUUUAAUAGUGAUACUGAUUAGGAGCAACAUUUCUUCAUGCAAUGUAUUCUAGUUUUUGUUUUUUAAAAAAUGAUUAUUUAUUUUAAUAUUCUAAGGUAUGUGCCACUGUAUAAUGUAUUUAUCAUGCCUUGCUUUACAGAAAAUUAUAUGUAUCUCUGUUUAGAGAAGAUAAGCAUUAUAAUGAGAAGUACAUUCAGGAAACAUAAUCCGUAUGUUCACUAUCAAUUCACUAUUAUAAAGGUGUUUUGAGAGAAAUUAACAGCUUGAAGUUUUUUCUAUCUGAAUUGUUAACAUAAAAUAUAUAUAUUCACUCUUACCAUAGCUGGCAGCCUUAUUUAAGAAAUUUAAACCUAAAGCAUACUAGUGUGUUCAUUUUCAGUAUAAACCUUGCAAUUUCUGUUUACAUAAAAGUAUUUGUAAAGAUUUGUAUAUGUUUGCAAAAUCAUGGGCUUUUGUUGUUUUUAUAAGGCCGCUAGCACUUUCCUUCCUUUUGUUAAUUAAAGCAAUUUAAUACUGCCCAUAUAAAGCAUGGAAGAACUGAAA